ACUGCAACACGCGCCGCGCUCUCCGACGGCUGCGUUGCUCCCAUCUCCCCUUCUAGCCACCGUAGCUGCGUCGUCGUAACUGUCUUGGUGCUCGGGCGAACUACCGAAAACCCUGGCUAGGAGUGACCCCACAACGGUAAUUAAGAGUCCAUCAAAUACGACAUCAUGGAAGGCUCGCAAGACGGUGCCUCCGACCACCUCGUGCCUUGCACAGCAGCUGAUAACCUAACCUGUCAGAUUGUCGACACGUUAUCGACGUGGAACAAGCUCCUUGUGGGCUCCAAACUUGAGCUACGAGAAGAGUCGGCCACAUCUGGCCAACUGCACUUGACCAGGCAUGGCUACAAGCAUUUGAUCGGCAUUUCACCAAUGGAUGAAUAUUUUGACGCACUGCGGUUGCCACAGUACCCGGAGCUCAUUGGAUGGCUACUCAGAACGCAUCGAUGCAUUGCAUCCGUCUCUCUCAAACUGUCCGCCGACGAAAUUACGAGCCUCUCCGUACUGGACGCUCUUCGGCACAGCUCAGGUACCAAGACACUCAAGUUGUAUUUCGGGGAUAUGGAAGCCUUGAACGCCGCCUCUAAGAUCAUACCCUGCUUGACAAAAAUCGAAGAGCUUCACUGCACUGGCAGCAUCACGAACGAGGCACGUCCGGAUGGUUUCAUAGCCGCGCUGUCGGCGCUUCUGCAGGCUUCGUCGUCUUUGAGGAAUCUGCACUUAACUGGGUUACACGGACCGGUGGCAGAGACACUCUUCACGGGGUUCCUGUUAACCAUAAACACGCUGAAAGAGCUAUAUUUGGAAGAUUCCAGGCUCAUAUGCGACGCUUAUCCACAUGCCAUAAGCGACUACCUCGGUACGACCAUGGUGCUAACUGUUCUUUCCUUCAAAAUAAAACACGAAGUGGUUCAGCGGGCUAUAUUAGAUGGCGUUUUGAGAAACAGAAGUAUCGAGAAGCUCUCUAUCGGAUGUUUUAUUGGAAACGAUCCAAAGCACGGCACAAGUAGCUGCAGUGAUCAGCGGGAACAGCCUGAUUCGCGACUUGACCAUUUCGCUCGUAUGUAAUUAUUUGGAUGAGCCGAAUUU